AGUCCCAGAAAAGCAACAAUAUCGUGGAACCCUUGUCCAUGUAAAGCAAAGUGUUUUAUUUCAGCACGUUACUUGGUUGGUGUGUUUUUAAUGUUUGGAUACGCAAAUCUCUACGCUCUACGCGUCAACCUUAGCAUGGCUCUAGCGGUCAUGGUUGGCAAUCACACAGUCUUCAGAGACAAUAGGGAAAUACAGGUAAAUCUGUGUUCUUUGUUUUUUGGGAAAAUGUAAAUCGCUCCUGGCGGCUAGCAUAUAUAGCAUAACAAUUUGUUGGACAAUACUCGUAAAAUAUCGCGCCUUAGGACACCCUCAUACAUGUGCGGGGUGCUAAAGAAGUAGUGGGGGCGAGGGGGAGAGGGUGGGGGGGAGGGUCGAGGGAACGAGAGUGCUAUCUUAUAAUUCCAAGGAUUCAAAAAAUCUGAAAUAGGCUCAUUGGCAAUUCUUUUGAAUUAUCAUUUGCGAUAAGAAAACAGUAAAGAAGUGAAUAGUAAAACUGGUCACAUCUUAAAUCAGGAGAUACGAAAAGCAUGUAGUCUCCCAUAUUUAGUACCUUUGGUGUCGCAUUUAUCAAAAGGUAAGAACUUUAUUUUAGCACGAUAAAAAGAUCAGCAUUGCUGGUGGGGUCUUGCAUACAACAAUUACAAGAGAAAUAAGGAGUGCUGAAAGCAAAUGUACGAUUAUAAAUUAAAAACUGUUAAAAAUGUUUGUAACCGAUAUUUCAGUUUUUAGUUGUAGCUAAAAUAGGUUGUAAAAAUGCACAAUUGAAAAUUAAAACUGUUAAAAGUAUUCGGAACCGUUAUCUCUAUUUUUAGUUGUAGCUAAGUUGGGUUCGAAAUUCAUUUUAUCAGUAUCAAAUUUUACAAGACGGCGUUUAAAUUCCUUCAAGGUUUUAGCCCUCGUUUCCUUGUCCGUUAAAGUGUUCCAUGCGAUUGCUCCUCUAAAGCUUAUGGAGUUCCUGAUAAAAUUUGUUUCUGGUCUUGGAAGAUGAUGUUCUCAUUUCUUCUGCGGCCUGAAUUCCUCUGUAGAGACAAACCUUUAAAUUCCGUGACGGUGUAACCUUUUAAACAAUCAAUCGGCUCAGCUCAGUGAAAACCCUUUCUACCUAACUAAAAAAUCUUGCUUUGUCUUCUUUUACUUAUCACUAGAAAACUGCGGAGUUUUCAUGGAACACCAAGCUGCAAGGUGAGAUAGUCGUAACUUGUGUAUCCCUCUUGACUCCUCUCUGUCGUUCUGAUAGCCCUCAGGAAAAGGUCGGUUUCAUCUGUGAAAAUUGUUUUAAUGUGUACAUGGCAUUUUACUUUUCUUUAAUCCUCUAGGAAUCGUGCUGAGCUCCUUCUAUUUUGGCUACAUAGUAAUGCACAUACCAGGAGGAUAUUUGGCGCGAAAAUUUGGAGGCGCCACGGUUAUUGGGUUGUCUGUGGGUGGCACAGGCGCCUUGACCCUUUUUACUCCUCUAGCUGCCCGGCUUCAUGUUGGACUUUUGAUUGCGCUGAGGGUAGCUGUAGGGCUGGCUGAGGUAAAAAGAGAGUUCUUUGUAUUUGUUAUAUUUAAUUAUAACGUGAUUGGUCUGAUUGGUCAAUUACCCAUUAACUAUUUUGUCCAUGGGUGAAAGGUGACGAUUGCUAGCCCGCGCUCAAAGCUGUACGCGUCACUUUCUACGCGACUAUAUAUUUUUUUAACCUCUAGGUUUGCAGAGAUUUUUGUCUUGAUAUUGAGAGAAAGUUUACAAACACUGUUAACGAAAGCGUUAACGUCAUCGCCUCGUGCUACUCUUACGCUUCUUUCGUGCUUAGCAACAUCCCGCGUGCAACUUGAACUCAAAAGUACACCGCACUGAGCCGUUUACCAUUUAUUACGGUUGUAGGAUACUUGGGUUUUAUUAUUAAAGAUUAAUUAUACAGCCAACUUUAUCCUUUCGGACACUCCAAAAAUACAGACAGGAUCUAAAUCCUGGGCCAAAAAUAUAUUAAAGACUUUUGACUCAAAUAAGUCCCCUCUUUUAGGACUCUCGAUAACGAGGACAAUAACUCAAUAUCUCUACAGUGUCCGGUAUAAAGCGAGUUAACUGUAUUUUUCACCCCGUGAUUUACACCUUCCUUGGCUGUUUCUCAGUUUUAGAUAAGAUGAUAUAUUGCAGGUAUACUGGCAGCAGACAGGAGCUUGUCUUAAAGUCGAAUGUCUAAUGUUUCCUCUCGAAGCCAGGGCCAAAGGCCCGAGCGUAGAGAGGUUUAAAUAUUUGUUGACAUUCGCAUCGCGCAAGGAUGGCUUAUGGAGGUUGAAUCACGAUUCGUAUUGAUACUUGUGAUUUCGGGCUCCUGGCAAUGAACGUAUUUGGCGCUUUCCCUCAGAUUCGCAGGGUUGAAUUUACUUUUACGUGUCACUUCAUAGGUUAUUUGACCAUAAUAUGAAUUGUUUUAAACCAUUUAAGACCAAGUUCCACGAGACAAAAAUAAAUUCUAGUUUUUAUCGAAAGUAAAAGCAUUUGCUUUAUUUAAUGUUCCCUUUCAGGGCUCUGCAUUUCCAGCCGGUCACGCCUUCUGGAGUCUAUGGGCACCUCCCUUAGAGAGAAGUAAGCUCGGGGUUUUCAAUUUUGCAGGUAAUUUUUUCUUACAAAAUUGAGAAGAUUUGUUGUUUGCCAGUUUUCUUUACGAACGUUGAAGGUAUAAAAAUAAGAAUUGGGAAAAAAAGACGCAUCUUAUAACGAAAAACAAUGCCUGCACUUAUUGAAAUAUCACAAACAGUAAUAGAACUCUUUUGAUGCACAUUAACAGAGCUUUAACAAUAAAGUCAAAUCUCCGCCUCUCACGAGCACCUCUAUAAGUCUCGCCCCAUGAAAGAACCCAAGACAUUAUUGGAUUCUGGAUUCAACGCCGUGGAUUCCAGAUUCCAGGUACUGCAUUCCAUUCGUUGUCAGCAGAACUUGGAUUCUGGAUUCCAAUCGUCAGUCGGAAUUCGGAUUCCUUGAGCUGUAUUCCGGAUACCAAAGCCUAGGAUUCCGGAUUUCACAAGCAAAAUUUUCCCUGAUUCCGAAGUCCGGAUUCCCUUACAUGGGGCGAGAAGUCCUCCCUUAAUCGGACACAAACAGCUAUUCCCUGCUGCUCUUUAAUUCGGUCAUUUUCUGAAACUCCCUAAUAACAAUUGGGACACAUCUCCACUUAGUAACACUACCUGAAGUAUCUGUCCUAGAGAAAGAAGGCUGUAUUUAACUUUGAGGUAAGUCGGGAAAAAAAAAGACAUUUUGCGUGCGCAAAGCUAUCAAGUACGCUUUCAAAGUUUUGUAUUAAUGACUAACAAUUCCCUGUAUAUUUUGUUUAUGUAGGAGCAAAAUUAGGAACAAUCGUCUCCAUGUUUUGUUCAGGAUAUCUUGCAUUUCAUUAUGGCUGGCCGUCAAUAUUCUAUGUGUUUGGUACGUAUAUAGAUUACAUAUCUUAAAUGACCUACAGCCUCUUUGAGGGCGCCCCACAACCAUUUUACUGAUGUUGCUGUUUUGCAUCGAUAUUGUUACAAACAUUCCAUGAAUAAUCCUCGUUCUGUAAAAUAACAAUGCGAAACAUUUUCGGUUCUACCAAAAGUAAAAACGGGCAAACGCCAAAGCUCCGAUUAAAUCGGAUGGACUCUGGACUCGUGUGUAUUGAAAAACCCAUGCAGACAGAGGGCAACCUCGUUCCCAGGGAUUUUUUCCAAGGAAAAAGCCCUGGGAACAAGGUUGAGAAAGAGGGCUCAGGGUCAAUUUAGGGUAAGCUCUACGGGCUCCUGAUGGCCUUUUUCCUUUAUCUCGUAUCAGGCACCAGUGGUGUUAUAUGGUCCCUGGUUUGGCUUGCAGUGGUAAGAAAUUCACCUUCCCAGCAAAGCUGGAUUACUUCAGAAGAAGUAGAAUAUAUUGAACUGAGCUUAGCAGCGGACAUUCAAGAUAAGGUAUGAUUGACUUAGAAAACAAACAUCGACAGUUUUAAGACCUAGAGUUUUUAAAUAUGGUGAUUACAAUACUCCAAGAAACUAAUGAUACUGCGAUCUUGGAUAAAACUGAUGAGCUUUUCACAUGCAGAUUACCACCCCUCCCAAAUCAAUAUAGUUUCUGCGUCUCGUAACGGUUACUUUCGCCACGGUAUCAGAAUCAUUUCUUGCUUUCGUAAAAUUGUUUAAGCUAUUACAUUACUGAAACCGUUUGCAUCCACAGCGUGUCAUUUUCUCAAGAAUUUUUAUGCAAGGGUUGAUUGAAAUAACUGCAAAUAAAUUCGGAUUGAUAGGAAACAAGGUACUACGAAAAAGGAUGAAUAUAUUUUAAAGAAUUCUUACUGGUCACCAAUGACCUUUUGUUGAGUAAGUUAGACGUACACAGAAGCAUUUUAGUGGUUCCUCAAAACCUAUCAUGCAACCUAGUCCCCAGGUCUCUCUCAUUUUCUAAAAUAAAAAGCUUUGGGGACGUAAUUACCCAGUUACACAACUUUAGAGGAACUGUUUUCUUGUUGACUGUUGCAUGUUUAACCUUUGUUUAUGAACAUCCUCAGCAUACUUCUAUUCCAUGGAAAGCAAUCUUCAGCUCACUUCCUUUGUGGGCCAUAGUGGUGGCUCAUUUCACACAAGGAUGGGGACUAUAUACCAUGUUAUCAGAGCUACCCCUGUUUUACACGCAACGGUUAAAUUUAGAUCUUAAGGAGGUAUGUUGCUUUGAGUAUCCCUUUAGAAAUUUUGGGAUCUGGGGUUAAUUUGUUUGUUUGUUUGUUUUUUUACGGGAGCGAAAUUCGGAAAUGGAACCAUGGUCGAGACGAGGGGGAUAGUCCAUCCUGUAAGCGAUGCCUUGCACUUUUGGUUACGUCAGUUUCGCUGACGUUGCCUCCCAAGACGAAGACGUUCUUUACGUUCAUCCCCGUGGCAAAGCCUUAAGAAUGUAUUCGUGGGAGGCUAAUCUGGACCCUGUUUAAGAUACUUUGGUGAAAGGUAAAUUCAGCCUAUAAAAACGUUGGGGUUACGUGAUUGAACCGAUUAGUUAUUUAUCUUUAUAACUGUAUUUCUCUCUUCAGACGUCGCUCGCAUCGUCUAUACCUUACGUCGUUACGUUCUUUGUAAUGAUAAUCGGAGCACAGCUGGCGGAUUAUUUACGCAAACAUUAUCUCAGUACAGGAACAGUGAGGAAAAUGUUCAACACAAUAGGUAAUCUUGUCGUGUUUUCCUUACUCACCAAUGAUAUAUAUUAAACACUUACUGACUGGUCCCUCGGGAAACAGUUAAUUUUGUUUCCCUCGAAUCUCUAUGUUUAGCCUCGGGGAACAUUGAGAUUCUCUGGAAACAAAAUUAACUGUUUCCUGAGGGACCAGUCUUAAAGUGAUUUGUUAUACAGCUGGAAAUUUUGAAGCUGAAAAUUCAUUAAACCUCGCUGUAAAAGCGGUCGUCAACAUUCGAGGGUAAAAGUGCACCGUUAUCCUCUGACACUAGUUGUAUACCCACUUAUACAUUGCGUAUUCACUUUUUAGCAGCUGCGGGAGCGCGGGACUGCAGAAGCAUGCCUACUUAUAAUUACUUAGAUUGAAGUAAUCGUUGUCAUAGAACACGACUGCGGGAUUACAGGAGCAGUUUGUCAAGUAAGAGAUUUAGAGGGCCGCGUAUUCUGCGAUCACUCCCAUCAUUGAAAUCGGAAAUCAACAUCAAAUCGGACAAUGAAAAUCAAAUUAACAAUUUGACUUGACUAUCGGAGAUCAAACGUCAAAAUCGGACAUCAGACAUAAAAAUAGACAUAAAAUCGGGCAUAAAACAAGACAUGAAAUUGGACAUCAAAUCGGACAAAAAAAUCGACAAAAAAUCGGACAAGAAAUCAAACACGUCACAAAAUCGGACAAAAAGGUCAGACAAAAAAAGUCGGUCAAAACGAGUCGGACAAAAAAAUCGAACAAAAAAUCGGACAAGAAAGUCGGACAAAAAUGCCGGCCAAAAAGGUCGGACUAAAAGGAAGGACAAAAAAGUCGGACAAAAAGUGGGACAAAAAGGUCGGAAAAAAUAGGCGGACAAAAAAUUGGACAAAAACGUCGGACAAAAAAGUCGGACAAAAAAAAUCGGACAAAAAAGUCGCACAAAAAAAAGACGGACAAAAAGGUCGGACGAAAAAGUCGGACAAAAUUUAGGAAAAAAAGGCGGAAAAAACGUCGGACAAAAAGGCCGGACAAAAAAUCGGCAGAUAAAGUAGGACGAAAAAAUCGGAAAAAAAGUCGGGCAAAAAAACGGACAGAAAAACUGGAAAAAAAAUUGGACAAAAAAGCGGACAAGAAAUCGGACAAAAAAAUCGAACAAAUAAUCGGACAAGAAAUCGAAGAAGAAAUUGGACAUAUAAUGGGACAAGAAAUCAGGAAAAAACAUCGGACAUAAAAUCGGACAAAAAGUCGGAUUACAAUAUCGGAAAAGAAAUCGGACUAGAAUAUCGGUCUCCUGACUUGCCAGCAUGAUAACAUAAAAAAUGGAACAAAAUUAAUCUUUUAAAGAAGAACAACAAACAAUCAGUAUUUGCGAUAGCGUUGCAAGUUGCAUUAUCAACCUUUUUAAAACCGUUUCCUGUUUUUCAAACAAAGAAUUAUGCACUCGUAAAGUUUCCAGAUGUAAUACGGGAAAUAUGUUUGUCAUUUAUUCUGUGGAGGUUGAGGUGUUUUAAAAUAAAUAGUAAAAGCAUAACUUACAAAAACUAGCGUAAUUAUUGGCAUAAUUUUACAAAUAUACCAGCACUGCGAGUAGCAUAUUCAGUGCUACUUUUGCGAGCACGGUCUAUCAAAGCCCUGUCUGACAAUUUUCAUAACCGUUCCGCUCUUUUAACUUUAAAUAUGAAUAAAAUUGUAAUGAUACAUUUGACAAGUACACUAAUGGUUGUGCGCAUGCGUAAGGUACUGGCCAUACCGCGGAGUUGGUACGUGUGCUUCAGUGCUGAUAAUUGGCAUUCUUAUAGCGCAACAGCGAGCGCUCUCAUUGGUUACUUCAAGGUCACUUGACAUCUCACAAUGAAACUUUUUCCCGCCAAAAUCUCUAAGCGGGCAACCCUGCAAAAUCCAUAACGUCAAAUAAACUGGUAACAGUGCACUGUUACCCGCCGUUGCAGAGAGGUUUAAUGAAUUUCCAGCUGUAUAACAAAUCACCACCUCGGGAAAAAUUGGGAUUCUCGGGAAACAAAAUUAACUGUUUCCCAAUCAGGUUUCCCUUAGGACCGGUCAUUUUGUGUUAAAUCAUAAUCUUAUCAUAGUCUGUCGUUUUUUGUUAGGUUUUCUUUCGCCAGCUGUCUGUCUCUUUGUAGCAAGUUCUACAAACAAUCCUAGCGUCGUUGUGGCUUCAAUCACUCUAGGGGUGGGGCUUAACGGAUUGUGCCUGAGUGGAUUCGCUGUUAAUCAUCUCGACAUCGCACCACCCUUUGCCAGUAUACUCCUUGGAGUAACCGAUGUUGGUGCAACAUUGGCAGGAAUUAUAACACCAACCCUGACGGGAUUCAUAGUCAGACAUCACGUAAGGUUUAUUUCUAAAACUGGUUAUUUUACAGUUACGGGUACAAACGAUGUUGAAGUUGACCUUGUUUUGGUACAACCCUAAUUCCUCCUUUAGAGCGGUUUUCAUUUGAGUGUCGAAAAGUAAUUGGUUUUGCAUUUUCUACACGAUGCGAUUGGCUUAAAAGAUUCGCGCCACCUUUUCAUCCAAUCAGAAGUAAAACCAAAGCCAAUUGUGACGCGCUUUUGCGUCAGCCACAUGUAAUUACUUCGAGUUUUGAUUGGUUCAAUGUAUUGUCUGUGUCCUAUGUGAUUGGCCAGAGUAAUUACUUUGGUUUUGGUUUUACGACACUCAAACGAAAACCACUCUAUUAUGUAAAUCAAUUUUUUGGUAGCAUGAUUUUCAUAAGAAUAGGAAAGAGGUUGGUAUCAAAUCAACGUCAAUCUCUGCCUCAAAUUCACUCAGAGAAGUGGGUACUAAGCUCAUGACUCUAAAAUGGUCGAUUACUGUUCUAUGACACUCAAAAGUGACCCCCCAGCCUGUUAGUCAAUGCCAAGCACAAACUAAGCAUUUCAUCUCCAGAAAAUCAACAACAACCACCCUUCACACAAAGUAACGACAAAAAUUUUUUAUGGCAUUAGUUAUAACGCAUCUUUUAAUUUGUUUGGCCGGUUUGUUUUCCUUAAGCUAUUCCUUUGCACACACCGUCACCGGGGUGGGGGGGUGGGGGGGGGGAGGGGGUUAAGGGCUAUCGUGUGACAAACUUUGGUCCAAACUUUGAUUCAAAUAUUAGAAAUAAGAUGUUUUGCUUCAUUUUUUUAUUCCAACAGACGGACUUAGAGUGGAAGAUAGUUUUCAUAAUCAGUGGAGUAAUUUAUCUACUGGGAGCUAUAUUUUACACAGUGUUCAGUUCAGGGGAAAAGCAGCCAUGGUCCUCAGAUAGAAAAUAUAGCAAUCUGAGACAACAUGAUUCAGAUUGUGAAUGAAUUGAUACUGCAUAAUAUUAAUUUAUUUAUUAUUUAACGGUUUAUUUAUUAAGAUCUUUAUUGUUAUUUACUACUUUUGUGAAUAUUAAUUAAACUGCAAAAAGACAGCGCAGAGAUCAUAAGGUCAUUUAUACGAAGUUUUUCUCGUCUCAGCUAAGACGCGUCUUAUCUAAGAACAGGUGUUAAGGACUGUUCUAAAAUAAGACGCGUCUUAGCUAAGUCGCGUCUUAUUUCAGACGAAAUGUGCCGUUUAUACGCAAAGUUCGCGUCCUAUUUUUCCUCGUAUAUUCACCUCAGUGUCGGUGGCUCCGUAGUGGUGGAUGUUUACUGAGGCCUCUAAAAAUCUUGAAGGCAUUUGUUUAGCUCUUGCCGGGAAAUUUCUUCAAAAGGAGUUGUGAAUUUUUUUUGUAUAUAAAAUCAUUCUGUAAAAAAGAUUAUUAAAUUUAGUUUUAAGCUUAUUCCCAAGUCAACUAAAUAAAGUAACGCAAGACUUCGGCUUAAUUUGCAUUUGUAAACAAAAAACUUUUUCAUCGGUUUUAUCGAUAAAUUCAAGUCAAAAAGACACAGCUUUACCUGUUAAAACUUCCAAACCGAACCUCGUCACCUUCUUUGUGUAUUUCGGGAACAGCUUGCUCGAUUAGUUGUGAAAUUUCUUUGUUUGCUACGGCAGCAAACCGGGAAGGCAUUUUGCUCGCAACUUACGCGAGUUUGCCGUCGCUCGCUCGGAGGAACUGGAGGUGAAUCAGUGAAUCGUGCAGGAUCAUGCACUGAUUAAGUAGCUAACCAGAGCGUGCGAAAAACACUAUUAGAAAUACUCAUCAGACAUUAAUGAACUUUCUACAAUCAAAAUUUAAAUUUCACCAUGAUGACUCACCAUUAAUUUUUUUGGUUUACGGUCUCUGUCUCCAUCUUAAAAGUAUAUUUCGGUUUCGUAAAGGCUUCGUUACUUUUACUGGAAUUUCGCUCAGGAGACACAUGCGAAAAAGAAAGAAAAUAACCAACGAAAUUUUCUUUCUCGAAAACUAGUUGGUGUUUGUACACCCAUGUAAAUAAUUAAAUGGAAUAACGAGAAUAAAAAACCUGCAAUAAAAAAUAAGGUGUAAUGCAUAAAAUAGUCAAAACGAGCGUUGUAAGUGGUCGUUUAUAAUGAUUUUUUCUAUGGAAUAUAUUAGUGCUAGCAAAUUUAUUAAUUUCUAAAAUAAUUUUUGUCCGAAAUAAUAAUAACAACCAAAACAACAUGAAAUUACUUAUUUAUGGUCAGUUCGUGAAAAAAAAAUCUCAUCGGCUAAGACUUGAGAAAUGCAAUUUUCGGGAAAAAAGGGCAGAAAACAACUGAAGGAAGUACAGACAUAAAUGAAUGAAAAUUUAUCACGAAAUUUGCAAGAACACGUUUUUUCUUUUCUUUUUUUUUUCGACGCUGUGAUCAGAAACAGUUCAAACAUUUUUUGAGGAUGUUCUUCAAGGUUACGUACUGCUAUCCGUUUUGCGUUACGUUAACGAAGUCGCUUAAAGAAAUAAAUAGCAAGAAUAAAUCAAGUCAGUCUAUAACAUAUGAUACAGGCUAAAUAUCGAGGCUCGUUUGCGAUUUUAUCCUUCGGCUUGGUAACGCAUGAUAUUUGAAACAAAGGAAAAUAAUUUUUGAACAAAGGAUAAAAGUCAGUGGACCACAACAUAAAUUCGACUUUAUACUUUGUGAUCAUGACAAAUGUCGAUGACCGGGUGGUGCUGAUAAAAUGUAUUUAAAUUUUUUUACAUUUUCAAACGAUUCAAAAAUAAAGGAAGGAAUUAAAAUUCAGUCCAAUAUGGUUGAAACAUUCUGGCCAUUUUUUUUAAUUAUGGAACAUUUGAGUGUUUCGUUUCCGUGCUAGAAAUAAGUCAGAUGACCUACCAAAGCGUUGCUUUCACGUGAGCAAGCAGUAAAACUUCACGCGCCCUUUUAUAACCUCUCAUUAACCAGAACCAAUGAAUUUUCAGCCAUUUAAUAUCACCUACCGAAUUAUGUACUUUGUUUUGCAUUACUCAUGAUCAACAACCUAUCACGCGCGGCCAAUUUAUUUUGUGGCUAGGAGAAAACGCGAUAUUAUAAGCUUCUGGCUUCACCAAUUUUUCUUUCUUUAUCGCCAUUAACUGCCGUUUAAAAUUAAUGCAGAAGUCAGUAAAAUCGCCGUCUUCCGGCACCAUAUUAGACUGAAGGGGCUAGCCUGGAAAUCACCCAACAAGAGCAGCAGUCUUGUUUAACCUCAAACGUUUACAAUGCCUCUCACAGCACAUGCUUUGAUCUACCUGCUUGGGUGUACUGUAACGUUUUUCGUAUUUUGUCUUUUAAUUCCGGUAUUGCUCAUUGUGGUAGCCAUUUUAAAGUCGGCGAGAUUCGUCGUCGAGCGUUACACAUCGUACUCUCGGAGUUGCAUUCCUUUGUGUGAAGAUGACGCAGUAUGGCAGCAAGAUCGUCCAACAAAUCGCCACAUAAUUCACGCCUUGAUGGUUUUAGAAGGAGCACCCGACAUCGAGAAACUCCGACAAAUAAUUCUUGAUCGUCUGGUCUUCAGAAAAGAUGAAAAUGGGGAACGGAUUUACCCAAGACUUACACAGCGAAUUUAUAAACGUUUAGGGUGUUUCUUUUGGAUGGAAGAUGAAAAAUUUGAUGUGUUAAAACACGUAUUUACUUGGGAGGGUACUCUACCAAAGUCCUUGGAAGAGCUAGAUGUUGCAAUUUCUGAAAUUUGCUCGACUUCUUUGCCAAACAAACUUUCCCCAUGGCAGUUCAUAAUUGUUCCGAUUGUAGAAGAAGAUUGUUUCGGACUUGUACUGCGUGUUCAUCACAGUGUUGCAGAUGGAGUCGCUUUGACAAGAGUUUUUGUAAAGAAUCUAUUCGAUGUGCCUCCAUUAACGCCGGAACCGAAGAAGUUCUCUUCAAGGCAGAGAUUUUAUAUGUGGUGUAAGGCUAUAAUUGUGGGUCCUUUUAUUCUUUUGUUAAAGUUCUUUUCAAAAGCCGACUUCUCGAACAUUCACGGACAUGAACUGUGCGGCAAGAAAGUCGUAGCUUGGUCUAAGAAUGUUGACCUGUCGUUAGUGAAAAAAGUUAAAAAUACCGCCGGAACAACCGUCAAUGACGUCAUGGUUUCGUGUCUGGCCGGAGCUUUACACGAUUAUCUGAAAUGCAAACAAAACUAUGACACUGCGGCAACACUCGAAGAUAUGUGGGCUUCAAUUCCCGUAGAUAUCCGCACCUCAUCGAAGUCCGUAGAACUGGAAAACAAGUUCGCAAUCGUGUUUUUACGGCUACCAGUCGUUGCCAAGAACGCUGUGGACAGGCUCCUAGAAACCAAGCAACGCAUGGAUAUUAUCAAAACAUCCGCUGAGCCGCUAGUGACUGCAGUCACUGUCCGGUUAAUGAUGUUGUUACCAGACUGUUUCUCCAGGUCUCUCAUAGACUUCUUUUCGCGAAAGGUGUCCUGCGUCCUCAGCAAUGUGCCUGGUCCUCAACAGGCCCUGUACCUCGGGGGCCAGAAAAUUGUGCAAAGUCUUUUUUGGGUGCCCCAAAGAGCGAAUAUUGGAGUGGGACUUUCGAUAUUUAGCUAUGGUGGGGGCAUUCGUGUUGGGGUCUUCUCGGAUGAGCGGGUCAUUCCUAACCCCAGGGAUGUGGUAAAAGGAUUUGAGACGAACUUCUUGCAAUUAGUAAAAGAGUUAAAUGUUGAUGAAGAUCAUUUACUUUGA